CUAAAUUUAUAUUGUGGCAAGUAGCAUCCAGAAAUCAUACAUUUACAUGAUGCAGUCGUUGAUCUCAACCCAAUACAGGCCAAUAGAUUUCAAUAGGAAGAAGAAGACGAUUAUAUUUCUUUUGCAUCUAAUUUUUUCUUAAUAGGACUCAAAUAUUACAUAAAUUAAAGAUUUAGGACCUAAAUGUCAUGAAAAGAAAAAUGUAUAUACAAACACAAAUGUCCAGUUGUCCACGAGUUACAGAGAUACUUCAAGUUCCAUUUGUUCUUCUUCUUACAUGUAUCCAACACACGUGAAAAAAGCGAUAAGGUUUCUCCUUUAAACCUCUGCCAUUUCUGUUCGAAACACACACUGAACUUUGAUUACCCACUGCAAUUUCAUACCAAGAAAUAUCCACAAAAUCAAACAUGAAUUUUAUAAAAGAGCAAGAAAAUAGCACCGUUGCUGAUUCUCAAGAUCGCAUGUGCGAUUUCUGCGGAGAAACCAAGGCCCUUUUGUACUGCAGAGCUGAUUCCGCCAAGCUCUGUUUGGGUUGCGACAGGGAAGUGCACUCGACAAACCAGUUGUUCAAGAAACACACACGCUGUCUCCUUUGCGACAAAUGCGAUUCUUCGCCUGUUUCUAUAUACUGUUGUACUGAAUCCUUGGUGCUCUGUCAGAACUGUGAUUGGGAGAAACAUGACAAUUUGAGGUUAAUCCAUGAUCGUCGUCCAAUUGAGGGGUAUAAUGGGUGCCCAUCAGUGAGUGAGUUGAUGAGUAUAUUGGGGUUUGAAGAUUUGGGGAAGAAAAAUUCUUUGGGUGAUGGGAAUGAAGGUGGAAAUGAAGGGUUGUUUUCAGAUGUUUUGAUUUGGAAGACUCCUUCGAUUGUGAGUCUUGAUGAUUUGAUUGUUUCGAGUGAUAAUUGUGUCGAUGCUGGACAUAGUUUUCAGUCUAUUGGUGUUCCUCCUUUACCUAAGAACCGAAAUGCUGCGUGCGGAAAACACAGACAAGAAAUACUUUGCCAACUUCGUGAAAUGGCAAAAACAGAACCUAACUUUGAUGAUUUCGUGGAAGACCUUAAACCCCACUUUGAGCUGGAGCCACAAGGAAACUACCAGUUAAAGGAUAGCAGUCGAGGCCUUGAACACUAUGUAGAUCCAGCAUUAGGUUCUUUUCACGAGUUUCUAUUGUGCGGUGAUAGUGGAGGUGUUGCAGAUCAAGACUUUUCUUCUGCCUUAUUAGGUAGCUACAUUGACACAAACCAUUUAGUACCUGAUAAAGAUUCGGAUGUUGGAGAAAGUCCGUUUCAAUCAAAUGGAUGCCAAGAAGGACAAUCAUGUGUUCCCGUUAAUUCUAGACCCUUCGAAGCAAUUCCUAAAGUGGCAGCACGUGAACUGAACAGCCAGGAAAGGGACCUUGCUAUCUCACGGUACAAAGAAAAAAAGAAAACUAGGAGGUUUGAUAAGCACAUCAGGUAUGAGUCGAGGAAAGUACGGGCAGAGAGUCGAACAAGAAUCAAGGGGCGUUUUGCUAAGAUUGAACGCUGAGAGACGGCUGCACAACAAUGUGUUCAAAAAAUCUUGCAGAAAGUAGGAGGGUCAUGGGACAAGGAAAUUCGUAUGCAGAUUUACAAAUUUAUGUUGUGCACUUAAGCACUUGCAAUAAUUUGUAUAGCCUUGGGUUACUAUUGAUUUAGACUUCUAGUUCAUAUUGUGGAAAUUUAGAUGGUAAAAAUGAAUUUUCUGUAUAAAUUAUAGCAUGUAACUAUGAAAUGUGAUGCUUAAGUUUUUGUUUACGAAGAUCUUGUUUUUGCUUA